AUGGAAGAAGAAAUAUUCAAAGCCGCGUUCGUGAGGCAAAAGGAAAACAUGUAUUUGACAAUUAAAGAUUUUUUGGAACAAUGCGACCAAUACAAGACAUUCCAAACGAUUGUAUUCGACGAACGUAACUACCUGAAUCAGCUGAAUAUCGCAAAUAACCUGGAUGUUGUUGUUUCGGGCAGAGAUCAAAAAUGUUUCCGAAAUUUGAUGAUAAAUAAUUUCAAAUCUGACGCAACAAAGGUCAGACCAUUGAUCAGAAAUAUCAAACAACGCAAACAGGAGAUAUAUGUGCUGAAUUCAGACUCUACAAUCAAAGAAAUUGACUCAUUAGUUGAUUCCAUAUUAGAUUUCUGCGUGAGAUGCGAAAUAGUCUACGCGGAUAAGAAACAUACGGCCAAAGGACUACUGAACAUGAAGUAUGAACCUCAAUUCAUCGUUGGAGUCCAAACAGAUUCAAUGAUCGCAACAGUUUUCAUGAAUACGACAUUGAUAUCUGUAGUUCCAAAGGGACUAUCGUGUUCUGAUUGGAUAUCUGAUGCUUCUAAGGAUGGUUUACGAGCAGUUCAGGUAUUUCCGAAACAAAAAGCUUCAAAUUGCACUUCUUACUUUUGCGAUGAUUACCAUUGUUCUGAUAUAAUUAAAGGAGAAUUUAUUGUCAAUCCAGAUUUGGUUGGAAACGCACUUGCUGGAAUAUUCAGAAAUAAUUGUCCUCCUCUAACUUCAAAAGUAGAUUGUUUGACUGGAGAAGUAUUAGAAGAAGAAAGAUAUUGUUAUUAA